AUGCCCUCUCUCUUCCGCUCCGGCUUGCUGGUGCUCGCCAUCCCUCGCGCCCUUGCACAGUCCACAAACGAUGUGUCCGCCGAGUACACCAGCGACGACGCGUUCCGGAAAGCGGUGCUGGACACGACGAAUCUGUAUCGAAGACAGCACGACGCGGGGGAGCUGGGGUGGAACGAGACACUGGCUGAGACGGCGGGGACGUGGAGUUCGAAGUGUGGGUUUGAGCAUUCGGGCGGUCCGACCGGCGAAAACCUCGCCGCCGGCUACCCCAACGCCACCGCGGCGAUCUCAGCCUGGGGCGAGGAGCGCAAGGAGUAUGAUUUCAAGAAGGGCGAGUUCUCCUCCAAGACCGGCCACUUCACGCAGCUCGUGUGGCGCAACAGCACGACCGUGGGCUGCGCGCGGACGGAGUGCAAUGCGAAGGAGGGCGGCGGGAGAGGAGACGCGCCAGGGUGGUACAUGGUCUGCGAAUAUCACCCCGCUGGCAACGUCCUCGGGCAGUUCACUGACAACGUCUUGGAGCAGCGGUCCGCUGACCAGGCGCCGAGCGCGGCGAGCGGCGUCAGGGGGAGUCUGGGCGCGCUGUGGGUGGGGAUUGCGUUUGCGCUUGCGGGGGCUUUAUAG